GAACAACAAAGAUGGCGAUUCAGCUCGGCGUUCCCAGACGUGAUAUGAAUUGUCAAACAUACAACAGAUGAACUAACGGAGCGACAACCGGCACAGCACUGCAGAAGACUCUCCACUGCGGUGACACUACACGACAACACAGCUGCCAACGUCGUAACGUACAGUAACGGACAAAAAUGCCGUCUCCGAAAGCUAAAAACCCCGGUCGAAGCGGCGGGAGCCCGGUGCUCGGCAGCUCCAACGGCCGCUACGAGUUCAUGUCGCUGACGAAGCCGCUGAACCGCUCCUCGCCGCCUCACCUGCUCCAGCGGCAGGGCUCCGACCCGACCACCGCCCGCCUCCGAGCCUCGGAGAGCCCCACUCGGCGUCGGGGCUCCAGCUCCUCCACGGGCUCGGCGAGCGGUCAGGGGCCGCCGGAGGAGGACGGUAUACGGCUUAACCCGUCCUUCAUCCGCGUCGCGCUCAGCUCGCUGCUCGCCAUCGACCUGUGGCUGUCCAAGCGGCUCGGGGUUUGCGCCUGCGAGGACUCGUCCUGGGGCAGUGUGCGCCCUCUGAUGAAGCUCAUAGAGAUAUCUGGACAUGGCAUCCCCUGGCUGUCCGGUACCGCCUACUGCCUGUACAAGAGUGACAGUGCGGCAGGGCAAGAAGUCAUUCUCAACCUUAUUAUGGGCCUGCUGCUGGACCUGAUCCUGGUCACCGCUGUUAAGGCGGUGGUGCGUCGGCGUCGGCCAGCACAUAACCGCAUGGACAUGUUUGCCACCUUUUCCGUGGAUCGCUAUUCCUUCCCGUCCGGCCAUGCCACCCGUGCCGCCCUGUGUGGGCGUUUCCUGCUGGCCCACCUGGUGCUGGCCGCCCCGCUGAGGGUCCUGGUGCUGCUGUGGGCGGGUCUGGUCGGGCUGAGCCGAGUGCUGCUGGGCAGACACAACGUGACUGACGUGGUGUUUGGCUUCUGGAUGGGCUACUGCCAGUACAACCUGGUGGAGAUGCUGUGGCUCUCUCCUCAAACCUUGCAAGGGCUGCUGGGACAGUCAGCUUAACCUUAAGGACCGAAGUAGGAGGAGACGUAGUGGUUUAUAUGUUGAUCGUGAGAGCACCUGCACACCUUUUAGACUGAUAUCUGAGAGAAAUGAUCAUUUGACGAGAGAGGAGAGCUCUGUCAACACACAGUUUGCUUCUUCUGUUACCUGACACUUAUGUCUAUCUCUGGCUCUCAUUCUAAGGUAGCAACUAGCCUGCCAAUAUUAAGUCGUACAUCAUUUUAGUCACAACAAACCAGAAGGGAACAAAUUUGAUCAGUUUACCUCCUGAUGCCACCUCACUCACCUCUGCCACCUCACUGGCCUGAUUCAAGGAAACAAUAAUAUAUGUCAACUCUUUCCAGUUUUUUGACUGUUGAACAUUAUCUAAGUUUACUUUUGAUGAUAAGGAAAAGUAAGUACCAUCUGAUGCACUUUAGACUUGCAAAUUUGUCUAGACAUCGCCAGUAACUUUACAUCACGAAGGAGUCAAAUAUUUGACAGUUAAUUUGAAUUUACUAUCGAAAAGUAAUAUGCUUUGACUUAAACUGCAAAUUUUCCGCUUUGAUCAAUGGAUGCACAACCAAACAGCCACAAGUAAAUGAAAAUCAUAUGAAAGUAAAUGAAAAAUCUGCCAAAUUCUGAUCUGUAUCCUCAUUUGUUCUAUGAUUAAAUUUUCUGGUCAGAAUACUCAGCUGUUCAUGAACAAAGGGUUCACAGAGUCAUAUUUGUCUAAGUAGUUCAAACAAAUGCAUUAAGUAGAUAUUUAUCGGGACCAUUUAGUUCCUCAAGAAACGUUCAUAAUAGCGAGUUUGUCCACCUGUUUAUACCUACUCAGCUUCUUUAGGAUGAUUUCUAAAGGCCAAUCUUGAAGUCAGUGUCCUUAAAGCACAGAGGACUUUUAUCAUCUUUACGACUGAUCUGAUAGGAUUAGAUACUACGCUGUUUAAAGUAUAUACACCUAAACGCUCUUCAGCAUUAUUUAACAGCAUGUUUUUUUUCCCUUUGGCACUCUACGGUUUUAUUAAUUAUCAACCAAAACAACUCCUAUGAGUGACAACCAAUCAGCUCUGAGUAGAUUUGGUGCUUAGCCACGUUAUCAGGUCAUCUGAAAUUACUUAGAGGAAUUUGCAAAUAUAAGGUUGUCAUAUCAGGUAUGCUUUGAUAAUUAUUUAUGAAUCAUAUCAUGUUUCUAUUUUAUUUAAAGUGUUUAUUCAGGGAAGACAUGAUUUUGUGGGUUUGAGGUUGAAAAAAGUCAUCAAUUCAACAAAAAAAUUAGCAUUUCAGAUGAUGCAAUGAGACUGAAGUCUGACAGUGUACAGUACAUUUGUCUAUAUUAGGAAGGAAUGCUGCAUAUUAAAUUAACUGGAUUACAGUGGUUCAUACUGUAUAUUUACAUUAUCAAAAAGUAAUAUUUGUUAAAAAAAAAAAACAAAGUUUUCCUGACUUUAUAGUAAAUGUUACAGCCAGCGCCUCCUACCCCGUGUGUGUGUGUGUGUGUUUUAACCAAAUGUUGUGGCUAUGCAAAUAGGGCUGUGUGAUCCCCCCUCCCUGCCAGCGCCUCCUACCCUGUGUGUGUGUGUGUUUUAACUAUAUGUUGUGGCUAUGCAAAUAGGGCUGUGUGAUCCCCCCUCCCUGCCAGCGCCUCCUACCCUGUGUGUGUGUUUUAACUAUAUGUUGUGGCUAUGCAUAUAGGGCUGUGUGAUCCCCGCUCCCUGCCAGCACCUCCUACCCUGUGUGUGUGUUUUAACUAUAUGUUGUGGCUAUGCAUAUAGGGCUGUGUGAUCCCCCUCCCUGCCAGCGCCUCCUACCCUGUGUGUGUGUGUGUUUUAACUAUAUGUUGUGGUUAUGCAAAUAGGGCUGUGUGAUCCCCACUCCCUGCCAGUGCCUCCUACCCUGUGUGUGUGUGUGUUUUAACUAUAUGUUGUGGUUAUGCAAAUAGGGCUGUGUGAUCCCCACUCCCUGCCAGCGCCUCCUACCCUGUGUGUGUGUGUGUUUUAACUAUAUGUUGUGGUUAUGCAAAUAGGGCUGUGUGAUCCCCACUCCCUGCCAGCGCCUCCUACCCUGUGUGUGUGUGUGUUUUAACUAUAUGUUGUGGCUAUGCAAAUAGGGCUGUGUGAUCCCCGGUCCCUGCCAGCACCUCCUACCCUGUGUGUGUGUGUGUUUUAACUAUAUGUUGUGGCUAUGCAUAUAGGGCUGUGUGAUCCCCGCUCCCUGCCAGCACCUCCUACCCUGUGUGUGUGUGUGUGUUUUAACUAUAUGUUGUGGCUAUGCAAAUAGGGCUGUGUGAUCCCCCCUCCCUGCCAGCGCCUCCUACCCUGUGUGUGUGUUGUAACUAUAUGUUGUGGCUAUGCAUAUAGGGCUGUGUGAUCCCCGGUCCCUGCCAGCGCCUCCUACCCUGUGUGUGUGUGUGUUUUAACUAUAUGUUGUGGCUAUGCGUAUAGGGCUGUGUGAUCCCCGGUCCCUGCCAGCGCCUCCUACCCUGUGUGUGUGUGUGUUUUAACUAUAUGUUGUGGCUAUGCAAAUAGGGCUGUGUGAUCCCCCCUCCCUGCCAGCGCCUCCUACCCUGUGUGUGUGUUUUAACUAUAUGUUGUGGCUAUGCAUAUAGGGCUGUGUGAUCCCCGCUCCCUGCCAGCGCCUCCUACCCUGUGUGUGUGUGUGUGUGUUUUAACUAUAUGUUGUGGCUAUGCAAAUAGGGCUGUGUGAUCCCCGCUCCCUGCCAGCGCCUCCUACCCUGUGUGUGUGUGUGUUUUAACUAUAUGUUGUGGUUAUGCAAAUAGGGCUGUGUGAUCCCCACUCCCUGCCAGCGCCUCCUACCCUGUGUGUGUGUUUUAACUAUAUGUUGUGGCUAUGCAAAUAGGGUUGUGUGAUCCCCACUCCCUGGUUGGACCGUGACAGCAGAGGCGUGGCUGCGACCAGGAGUCCAGUGAUUGGUGCGGCGAUCCCCAGGCCGACCAACCGAAAACUGUCAACUCCUUUAAAAGAGUUGUCAGUUCAACUGAACGAGGCAGCUGACUUCCAGCGUGCCAUUCGGUGUUCCUGUGUGGUGGAGGCAAGAUUGUCUGUGUGAUAGGAAUUGGGCGAGGGUUAGACUCAAAAACUGAUGCAGCCUCAUUUCAUUACAGGUAGUUCCUUUUGUCUAGGUUUCACCAGGAUUAGGGGUGCUGACUCCUGUGUAAGUUUUGUUUUGUCAGUUCCCAUUUAGUGAGCCUUUUUGUUCCGUUUUUCUUUUGUUCACCGCGAUGGUAGUGUUAAGUUCUCCUUAUGAGAACUCUUUUUGUGUUUUGCUAUGUUCUUUGAUUUGAGCAGCACCCACCAGCCCUCUUCCUUAGUUUUGCCUCAGUUUGUAUAGUAACGUGCACAUUUCUGUUCAACCUUUUCUGUAAUAAAUAAUUUGAUUUUACCAUCAACAACUGUUUAUGUUGCUUCCCUUCCCCCCCGAGCCGGGGUUGUAACAGUAAAAGAGUCACAGAUUUGGUGUUGUAAAUUUAUGAGGGAUUGUAAAUGUAUUACACGCGAGUUGUUUUUUUUUUUUGUUGUUUUUUUUUGUCAUUUUCACUUGUAAUUAGACAGAAAAAAAACAAUAUUUGUAGAGCAAAAGGUAGAGGUCAAAGAAACCCACAGCAUUUUUAUUUGACAAAGCUAACACAAUACCUGAAGAUAUGAUCAGCUGAGGUUUUAACUGAACAGAAAUAUGGUGAUUUUCUUUCAUCCAAGCCAAUAUUAUUCUAAGAAUUGAUUUAUUUUUUUGUUUUUGUCCAUCUACCACUAAUCUGAACACUUCAGAUCUGUCAAUGUGAGUUAUAAAAUAGAGAUAUACCUAAAACCUGGGCAUGUGUAAAUACUUGAAAUGUGUUAAUUUGGCUCUGAUUUCAAACAAAUGAAGAACCAAAGCAGUUAUAGUCAUUGUUUAAUCUAAGACCAAGAAAAUGUCACUUAUAUCUUGCUCAUUACCAUCUUGUUUAAAUCUUACACUGUGAAAUCAUUCCUAAAGAUCAUUUUAACGUUCUAUUUUUUAAAUGUCGCCGCCAUGUUUUCAAAAUUGCAAUAAUUAUAAAUAUAUAGACCAGGAUAGAUAAUAAUUAGAAGACGUUUUUGACACAGCAGCAAGUAGUUUGUUGGCAACGAGUUUGGGUGAAUGAAGAUGUUUAAACUGUAAUUUGUUAUGCAAUGAUCUGGUGUUCUGCCUGGGCUCGUGGAUCAAUAAUCAGAAGGAUGUUUUGUAAUCUGCUGUCUAUGUGGUACAGUUUUGUAGACAUUUAUGCAAUUGCAAAAGAACAAAAAUGGCAUCAUUUGGCCUGUGCUAGCUAAUGUGGUAUCACAUGGCCCUGUAUGACAAAUUCCAGUUGGAUAUCUUGUGAUUUUAAUCUUUUGACAUGCAUUUUCAUAAUGUCUCAAGUUUUGCACUAAUGUUCAGUUGAAGAUUCACAAAGGCAAUAAUAUGUGAAGAUGCAAAACAUCUUCCUGCAGUAAAUAUUUGAUUUAUUCACAGCCCUGUGCUUCUACUACAGCAUGUAUGUUUGGAUGCAAAUGCGUCUGACUUUAUGUUAACCCAUGGUGACCCACUGACUUCACCUUGUCAUGAGUGGGAUUUUACAUUUCCUAUUCCCCACAAACAGCAUGUUUGCAUGUUUGAUGCUUAAUCCUUGAACUGUCCCAUUCACCAGCUGGUUGAGUGCCAGUCUGAGAUCCAACAGUAACAAUAAGCUGACGCCAGUGGUGACGGUUUUGUAACCUAGACAUGUUUCUGAUGUUAGCACUGUCAUUGAGGAGUGUAAGCAUGUACAGGAUUGUGUAAAGAGUUGUGAUUUUGUGCCCGUACAUGUGCUAGCUGACCCACAUAUAUGCUCUGCCGAAUCUGAAGAGAACAUGUGAUUUAUUUAUUUUUUUAAAUCAAGGUUUUUUUUCCAGUUUAGCUACAAGAAAUAAGGAAACACGGAAAGGAAAUGUUGUGCAUGUUUUAUUAUGGCACCUCAUCCUUUCAUUCGCACGGUUCACAUUCAACGUUCAUUCUCAUCCUCACUUGCAUAACUUCUGCUGCUGUGUUGGUUUAUGUUUCUGGACCACUUGGUCAGCACAGAGCAGAUGCUUGAAUACAGCAGCUAACUUCACAGACAAACAUCUUAGGACUGCCAGAUUUAUAUCUUAUCAUAUAUGCAAAUAUUUAGUUGUAUUUGAAACUAUUCACAUUUUCUUUAACAAAAAUAAAAUUCUCUGUCUGUGCAGCUUUUACUUUUUGAGAGAUUUUAGGCUGUGAAUCACUUCAUGUGGCUGGUGCCAUUUGAUCUAAAGCAGAUCUAGCUAUUUGGUGUCAACCAAAGCAAUGUAACCGACUGUUCCCUUUGUUGACUGUCGUUGACUUCUUGCAUACUGUGAUGUCUUUCUGCAAUAAAUAGCCAGUUAUCUUCCCAGUGCCAGUGAGUGAGGUGGCAGUUCCAGGCUUUUUCAAUACAUUACCAUUCUGUUGCAAAUCUAAAUAUGCUGGAUUGUGAAUUUUGUGACCAAAAGAUUUUUUACGAUUGAUUCUUGUGUAGCUGUACAUUGAAACGAAGCUUAAAACUAAGAUACAUUGUUUAUCACGGUGAGUACAGACACUAUAUAUUUGUGUAUUGGAUAGAUUUUGCACAUUACAUGUCACCAGUUUGUUCCCAGGUUCAGAAACUGUCAAGAAAACACAUUUUUCUGGUUUAUUCAGCCUCUCAAAGAUUGGCAGCAGUUGUCACAUCGAUUCUUGCACAUAGUCAGACAUGGUAUCGUUCUCUACACUCUGUUUUGCCUGCUGAAAACUAUAAAUAAUAUUGUGUGUCAACUGUAUAGACCUUAUUCUAAUGUAUCCUAAUGUAUAUAUACAGUAUGUCUGUAUGGUCACGUGAUUGCACUGUUCAAUGAAUUUCAGUUUGUGAUUAAAUGGGCUUAUUCCCACAUGAUUUGAUUGUAAUGAUUUUUAAUUAAAUGGGGAACAAAUCUGAAA